AUGGACUACUCUGAACGAGUUAACUCAAAAAAAGGAGCUGGUGGAGUAGCCGAUACCGCAGAGGCAAACGUACAGACAAAGAGGCGCAUCAAGGAGCUCUUAACCUCGCAAGUGCUAGAUCUAGAUAACGACCCAUAUGUCUUCAGAAACCAUUUGGGGGCAUUGGAGUGUCGUCUUUGCCUCACCACACACACGAAUGAAGCUUCAUACAUCUCACAUCUUGGCGGACGGAAGCACGCACUAAAUCUUGAAAAGCGUCGUAUUCUAGAUGAGAAGCAGAACAGACAAGCCAGAGGCGAUGGCACUGCUCUUGCUAUGAACAACGUACAAAGGAGGACAUGGCACAGUAUCGGCUUGCCUGUCUUCAAGACUACGAAAAUCAGAGAUCAAGAAACAUUACAGAUGGGCAUCUUGGUGCAAGUGCAGUGUCCACGCAUCAAGGUCAAGGAGCCAUUCUUCAGACUCAUGUCCUGCUACGAGCUUUCAGAGAAGAAUCAAAAUAUUUCGAAAUCAUACUUGGCUAGAAACAAAACAGACUACGAAGAUGAUGACGAUUUGGAUCCUUCCAAGUGGCAAUAUUUAGUGAUCUCUGCUGAACCAUACGACAACAUCACGAUAGCCUUCCCAGCACUGCAAGAAAUUGAAAAGCCUUCGGGAACAGAGCAGAUGUCGAAAUGUUAUUGGUGGUAUUGGGACGAAGACUCCAAGGAGUUCUUUUUGCAGUUUCUCUUCAAAUCACGAGAUGAAAAGAAGAGAUCAAAGUAG